UGAAAGCAUGGCGGCGGCGGCGGCGGUGGUGGCGACACGGGAAUGUGAGACCGACGGCUGCAAUAAAGAAGCCAAACUGCAGUGUCCCACCUGUAUUAAACUCGGAAUACAAGGUUCAUAUUUCUGCUCUCAGGAAUGUUUCAAAGGCAGCUGGGGUACUCACAAACUGCUCCACAAGAAAGCAAAGGAGGACAAGACAAAGGAUGAGGAAAAGAACUGUGUGGAGAAGGAGGUCAACACAGAUCCCUGGUCUGGAUACAAAUACUCGGGCAAACUGCGACCUCACUACCCUCUGACACCCAUGCGGCCUGUACCAGGAACCAUCCAGAGACCAGACUAUGCUGAUCACCAACUGGCAGAUAAGGUUGGUUUGCUGGCAGGGAUGUCUGAGACUGAACAGACCCUUAAGGGGACGUCCCAGAUUAAGAUCCUUACCCCUGAAGAGACAGAGGGCAUGAGAACUGUCUGCAAGCUGGCACGAGAGGUUCUCGAUAUUGCUGCCAUGAUGGUGAAACCUGGAGUUACAACAGAGGAGAUCGAUCAUGCUGUACAUUUGGCAUGCGUUGCACGGAAUUGCUAUCCCUCGCCUCUCAACUACUACAACUUUCCAAAGUCCUGCUGUACAUCAGUCAAUGAGGUCAUCUGCCAUGGUAUACCUGACCGCCGUGCCCUUCAAGAGGACGACAUACUUAACGUGGACAUAACUGUAUACCACAACGGUUACCAUGGUGACCUGAAUGAAACGUUUUUUGUGGGUGAAGUGGACGAAGGAGCAAAAAGACUGGUGCAGACUACAUAUGAAUGUCUUAUGCAAGCUAUUGAUGCUGUAAAGCCUGGUGUGCGCUAUCGGGAGCUGGGGAACAUAAUCCAGAAACAUGCGCAGGCUAGUGGAUUCUCCGUGGUGCGAAGUUACUGUGGCCAUGGCAUUCACAAACUUUUUCACACCGCGCCUAAUGUGCCACAUUAUGCAAAGAAUAAAGCUGUCGGAGUAAUGAAACCUGGUCACGUCUUUACGAUUGAACCCAUGAUUUGUGAAGGUGGUUGGCAGGACGAGACCUGGCCAGAUGGCUGGACAGCGGUUACUCGAGAUGGUAAACGUUCUGCUCAGUUUGAACACACACUCCUGGUGACUGAAACAGGUUGUGAAAUCCUAACACGCCGACUUGAAGACAAUGGCCGAGCUCACUUCCUGACGCAGAUGUAGCGUGGCCAAGUGAAAACACAGGUCCUCAGUGGAGGGCACAUCCGCUCCGCCCUUGUCAUUGAUCAGUCAAACGCACUGUGGUUCUCUGUUGGGCAGGAGAGAAAUGGUCAAGCGACCAUGGUAAUGUAGUGUCUAAUUGGGUGAAAUGUGGCGAUUAUUAUUAUUUUUUUGGAUGUGAUCAGACUGAAGGGCACUGACCUUUGACCUGCUUACAGUGCCAUCACCUUCCGGAGGCAGAUGGGAGUGUUUGUGUGUGUGGGGGGGGUAUGUGUUGUCUGAUUUUGGCUCGUGUGUUGUAAUAAGUGUUUGUGUGCUGGACAGUGGGUGUGGGUGUGUCUGAGCAUGAAUGGUACGCAUGUGUGAAAGUGAAUUUCCAAAUGAUACCAAACGGACUGAUAAAAAAAAAAAAUCUGUCUUUCACUUUUUGGUAAAUCCCAUGCGUAACUUUUGGUCUCUGCCUUCUGUUUACAAAUGAGUGCCUCACAACAUUAAAAAAAAACAAUGUUUUGAAGUUC